AUAGACUGUAGGCGUGGCUUUGCAUGUCGUUGGGUCGCUCCGCAGGUAGUCCUGUAAACAGAUCCGACCGUCUGAGCUCCGGGACACCGGAGGGGCACGUGACCUGUGUGUCUGGUGUCCUCCUCUCCACGUAGCUUUGGCCCUUGUGAUCUGUGACUUCAUUAUGCAUGUCAUUAUAUUUCUGGAUUAUAUGAAUUGCAGUGAUGGCUAAUCCAGAGUUGGACCACGAUCCUGUCAAUGGAUGUGACAAUGGAAAUCCAGAUGUGUUGCACCUCGCUUCUGGAACCAAAAAUGAUGCUGAAAUGUUAGAACAGAUAAAACAAUUGCUUUCAGAAAACAACAAGUUAAAAGAAAGCAUGAAGCAAAAGAAUCAGGAAAUGAAGGAGCGCCUUGAGGAGCUGUUGAAGAGAGAAAAGCAAAGGGAAGAACAAGGGCUUUUUGAUAAACAAAGAUUGGUAGACUUGAGCAACGAGAAUGACUUGUUAAAGAAGGAAAUCCAAAAUUUAAAAGAGACGUUAGGUUGUGCAGCAUCUGAUAUAGCCAAUGAAAAUUCCCAACAGCUGAAGACACAGGUGUCUCGCCUCCAGGCUGAGAAGGCUGACCUGCUUGGUAUAAUAUCUGAACUACAACUGAAACUUAGCAGCUGUUCAUCUGAAGACUCCUUUGUGGAAAUCAGAAUUGCCGAAAAAGAAACUGUUUUGGGACCGAAGGAGGACCAAACUAACACUAGUGAUGAAAAUGAUGACAUUAUUUCCUACAGAAACAGGUCAACUGAUGUAGAAAAGAGUGGCUUGGAAUCAGAAGAGCUGGCAGUCAGCAAACUUCUUCAUAGUUUACGAGAAGAAACACAAAAAGUAGAGAAAUUGGAGAAGGAAUUACAGAGCGUCAGUGACAGAAUGGAAAAACUGGAGAAGAAGGCUGCUGAUACGUCCUGCAAAGAAACGCAAACUGAAACAGAGAUGGAGCAGGACAAGGAAGAUAUUGAAAUUGAAGUAAACGAGCUUUCUAGUGAAGUGGAUACACUAAAACAAAAAGUGAAAUUACUCAAUAACGAACUCAAUGAUACUAACGACAAGUUAACUGAGGCUGAACAAUUCAAGAACAAUCUGCAAGACAAAUGCCUUAACCUUGACAAGAGAAUCCUGGAAAAUGAAAUUGAUUUGGAAGAGAAACAGAAACUGCUUUAUUCUGUGCAGAAGUUAGAGCUUCAGAUUGAAAGCAUGCAAUCUGAAAUCAAAAUGGAGCAAAGUAAAACUCUGGAUGAAAAAACUCGGGUGUCUUUGUUGCAAGAAGCUUAUGACAAGUUAAAGUUCGAUCAUGAGGAACUAAGAAGACGUGAGUCUGAAAAGGUAUGCAAAGUUCAGUUUAAUGAUUUAGUUCAAAAACUUGAUGCAUGUGAGAAAGCCCUUGCCAAAAAGCAGCUGCAGAUUGAUGAAAUGAACAUAAGGGUUGCCAAGCAAAAGGACGAUCUAGAGACAAUUGACCUUCUCCGUGCUCAGCUCGAUGUAUAUUCUUCUGACUUCCAUGCGGAGAGAGAAGCCAGACAGAAUAUUCACCAAGAAAAAGAGCAGUUGGCUGCACAGGUGGCAUACUUGAUGCAACAAAAUAGUAAUCUCAAGGAGGAAAUAAAGGGCAGACAUUCUAUAGAGCAAUUACAGAAACGUCAUGGAUCUUUAGGUGAAAGUUCAUUUCUUGUGGGAAGAGGAGCAGAAAGCAUGGAGCAACAAAGUAUUCCAGUGCACAUGUGUCCUAAAUGUAACCUGACUGUGCCAGACAUGGACACCCUGCAGAUACACGUCAUGGACUGUAUAACAUAAAGACAAAUACAUGCUGUAAAUCCAUAGCUAAACACAAUCGAGACAUUGUUAAUAUACCUAUGUAAUUAUAUAGACUUUUGUCUCCUUUUCUGAUGGAACAGUAUAGUUAUGAGUAUUAGGGUUAAGAGUGGUCUAUUUACUAAGCUAGUUAACUUAAAUGUACCUACAUUUAGCUUCUUGCAAUGCUUCUGCUGUGGAUUCCUGUUUACAGUAAUGGGAACUUGACACUGUUGGUAAAGUAGUACUGAGGUGGUAAAGUACCCCGCUGGCAAGGCAGUCUGAGUUCAACUUUACCAAUACAUGCUACUCAAGAAUUAAGAACUUGGACGGCAACUGGCCAGUUAGUGAAUAAACCCCAUAUUUUACCAUUACAGAUUGCUUAUCUUAAAUAAAGUGCUGAAUAAAACUCAGGGUUUUUUCCCUUUG